GCUUUCGAUUUGAAGGUGACACUGACUCGGCUGCAUACUGCUGCCACGUAAUUCCGUUACUUCCUGCAGGACAGCAUGACAGCAUGACAGACGAGCUGAACGCGUUAAGUGGAAGGUAGGGAAACCAGCGCUCGGUGUGUUAAAACGAGGAGAGUUAUUUAGCAGAUUCAAGUGGGGCUUGUUAAUGAGGACUUUAGUACCGCAGAGAGAGAGAGAGAGAGAGAGAGAGAUCCUCAUUGAUCCACAGUGUUGCAGCGCUGCGUUGCGGCGCAUCUAAAACUCCUCCCGGUCAUUGCGCGGACAUCAUGUGGCCAACAACAGACUGACAGACAAGCCGCUCACGGGGGGGGAACCCUAUAUAAGCUCUGCAGCUGUCAGGUGGAGGGCACUGGCUGCUCUGCACUAGGGGACGACUCGUUUCAUUGGGAAUUUACAGACAGACACUCAUAGAUCCACACUGUAAGAAUGUCUCACGCUUGGGGAUACGCAGCAGACAACGGUGAGGCGCUAAUUGCACGUACACAUGCUGUAUUAAUAACGCAGGGGUGACAUUUAAGAGGGGAAUGUGAAAACCAGUCAUACUAGCAGAGAGUGUGCAGGAUGAAUGAGAGCACGGGGCGCUGCAGAGAUUUCUAAUUAUGCGCAUUUUUGCUGAUUUUUAUGCGCGUUUGACGCACACCAACACCCCCAAAUGCGCAAUCGACCUCAUUUGAAACAUGUUUCUUUCAUGAAAACCGCAAUCUUAACUCCUAUCAUUUUCCAGGACCCGAAAAAUGGGCCGAUAACUUCCCAGUCGCCAAUGGACCCCGCCAGUCUCCCAUUGACAUCGUUCCUGGUGCAGCAUCCUACGACGGGGGGCUGAAGCCGCUCAACCUGAAGUACGACCCCUCCACCUGCCUCGAUAUUCUCAACAACGGACAUUCCUUCCAAGUGACCUUCGCAGAUGACUCCGACAGCUCAAGUUAGUGAGACAUUAAUAUUCUAUGACUUCAGGGGAGCCAACAGGGCUUCAUUUUAUCCAUGCAGAAUCAUAAUAAGAGAUGUGCAAUGAGAUAUUUCACCCUGCUUAUCAAAAAAAAUCACAUUUCUUCUAUCUACAACCAUAAUUAAAAUGCCUCUAGAUAUAUAUAUAUAAGAGAAGCUUUACACCUAAUGGACUCAGGUCUGCAGAUAAAAACGAUCAGAGUCCUGAUCCUGAAUUGCAGGAUGCAGCAACAUUCACUCAAAAUGCGCAUGAAGGUGUAAUGGAUGCUGCUUUGUUUGGACUCAGCAGCUCUGACAGACUUUAGGACAGACUGUGCAGCUUUAAUAUACAUUAAUGCAUUUAUUAGUUUUUCUAUAGAUUCAAGAUAGAGGGAUUUUUGAUCCAAAAGAUGAAAAAAUGUGUUUUUAAUCUAGAAAAUUAAGCCUAAAACACCCCAAUGCACUGUAAAACAAAUUUAGUUGUGUAAUUCUCAGUAUUUUUAUGUCAGCUCCACCCAUGUAAGAAUUUCUAAGAUUUCUAAUUUUAUAAUUUUUAUCAGUUUAAAGUCUCAUAAUGAAAUCGACCAAAAUAUUCAAGAUCGUUUCAUAUAUACUGAGCUGUGACGCCACAGGUUUGCAGCCCAGCCCUGAAUGAUAACAAAGCAUGGCGCUGACAUAACAACCAAACAAAGGAUCAGGCUCCUCUUUUGGUUUAAAUUUAUGCAAAUUCAUCUCAAAUUAAUCAAAAUUUAAACCUCUACUUCCCUUUUUCGGUGCAUUUUAAGAGAAUUUCAUAUUUGUUGGUGAUAAAAUGUCCUUUUUUCGUCAGUUUUAAAGUAAAAUACAUUUUGGUGACCAGGCUGAAGGGCCUCCAUUCAAGCGCCGAGCACAAAAGCAUGCACGUACUAAUUGAAUUGGUAAUGCAACCCCCUGUUAAACCUUUCCCACGCUAGCUCUUUUCUGCUGGAGCUGAGGUCAAAAUCACAAAAACAAGCCCAGGCCGAGUUUUAGUAUAAAACACCAGAUUUACCUCCUUUUAAAAGAAGAUGGAGGCUGUGUUUUUCCUGUUUUUUGUUAAGCUGCAUUCAUGGGAGAGAUAUAAUUGUUUGUGCUUCUUCGGUGUGACGGAUUUUGAAUGUUUUGAUUGUCGGUGAGCUGACUGAGAUAGAUAAUGACGAUUACGUAAUCUACACACAAUCACACGGAUUAUUUCUACUGGACAUGCAUUUGGGUGUAAAAUCAAAAUCACUUUUUCUAAGAAUGUGACCCAGAUAAGUUAGAGCCUCUUAAUUCUUCCUUUACUGCUCUAAUUUUCCACCGUGCCUCUCUAAAUAAAGGACAGAAUGAAUCUACGAGUCAGAGUCAUGCAUCAUGAAUGGAAAAGAUUAAUAUCACAUCCUUUUCUGUUUCCUAAUAAUCCCCGUAACACCAACACAACCUCAGAUUGCUCCUCGACCGGUUCUGCUCUGUCUUAUCACUAAAAGCUCGACUGUAAAGAAACAAAUAUCCUUCCAGGAGAAGGCAGUGCGUGUGUCAGAGUGUGUAUUCUGCAACACCACGCUAAAAAUAGCACAAUAUACGGGAUUAUCUGCUGCUGUUUCUUCAACUUUGUCAACUGCAAAUAGAUUCAUUAUGUAACUUUAAAAGGAGGCUUGAUGUUAACAAUACCUGGACACCGCUUCAGACUGAUUGUGGCGUUCGAUUUGACCGUCUUACAUAACAGGAACUGAGUCUGCUUCCAUGAAAAAGGAAGUCUGUCACCAUGACAUGAGUGUCUGUGUCUCUGUGUGCAAAACACUCACAUCUUACUCACCCUUGUUAAUCAGUUCCUUGUGUUUUUAUAGCUCUCUUGUUGUCAUUUUUAAUAAACAGUGGAAGCUGGUAAACUUCCAUUGGGAUGAACUGAUUUGUGUGUGUCUGUCUGCAGCUCUGAAAGACGGACCAAUCUCAGGGACCUACAGGCUCAAGCAGUUUCAUUUCCACUGGGGAGCUUCUGAUGACAAGGGCUCUGAGCACACUGUGGCUGGGACCAAGUAUCCUGCUGAGGUAACCAUACCCAGAGCGAACAUGAUAGCACACAAUAUUCAGAUUAAAGUGGCCAAACAAGGGCUGAACAUUUUAUCUCUACUGUAGCCGAGUGCUACAUGAGCGUAAACACAGUGAGGACUCAGAGCUGCCGGGUCAGAAGAAAAGGAUGUAAACAUGUCAGGGUUUGACAGGUUGGAAAAUUUGCAAGCGCCCCCUGAGUGCAGAAUGAGUCAUCAAAAAUUCAGUUUCCAGGGAGUAGUCGUCUCAGGGGUUUUAUUAAUAUUCACACACGCUGAGGCCUGUCUUCAAAAAUGGAAAUCAAACGCAGAUAUAUACUGAACUCUCUACUGCAAAGAUUCACAGUGAGAGAGACAACUGACUGACGAUCAGAGCAGGAUGUUUCAGACAAAAUCUGCUAAUAAGAAAGAUGUGCAUCUUUGUCUACAGGGGGCGCCAAAAGUGGCACAAGCCAGAAGUUCGUCCCCAGAAGGCGAAAUAUUUUUUUGUAGGACAGAAGGAGAAGGUCCCGCCCUCCUUCAUCUCUGAUUGGCUAGAAGUGAUGGGUUCCGAUUGGUUAUUCCUAAUGACUGUGAAAAGUCAUUGUCUGUCGAAUUAGGGUUAGGGUUAGCCAGCCCGCGUUUGGCUUGAGCCCGUUAUGACAUUUCCAGCUUUUCUAGCCAAUCAGAGGCGAAGAAGGCGGGACUUCCCCUACCAUCGUACAAAAAAGAAAAUAUCGCCCCCAGGAGUAUUAACCAAUUCCUAAAACUGACGCGUUUUCACAGUAACUUGUCUGUUUUAUCCGAAACACGUCUUAAGAAACUGCAUCUCACUGAUUAUUUCCACUAACUGCAACAAACCAAUACCAAUGAUCGACCAAUACACUGUCGUAUCCCUGAUAAUCAACACUAACAAGAGUUUUUUACAGUUAUAAAAUACACUAAUAUUCAUACUGAUGCAGGUUUAUGACACACAAAAGCAAACCAGACCAUUAGCGACAUGAUUUAACUUUUUUACACUCAAAUUUUUAAUGGUUUCCCCGUUAGAUGAACAUGAAUUUUACCAUCAAAUGUGACUAUUAUUGGGACAUUCCUGUGAGAGGACACCACAUAAGCACAUAAAGAACAAGACAAAACUGUUUGUCCACAAGGGGGCACCAAAACUGACACAAACCAAAAGUUCCUCACAGGAGCUUUAAGAGUACUGUUGAGCAUAUUUUUCAACAGGUCAGAUUCAUUUACUUGACGAUAAGCAAGAAAAUUGUGUCGUAUGAACGGAUUUGUUACCAAUUAGUUUUAAUUCAAUAAUUUUACUACUUUUUGAACCUAUAAGGAACCCAAAGUGUUUGAUCAAGUAAUUCAAAAUGUUUCUGUCUCCUCUCAUUUCUUCACGCGGGAUAAAAAUAUUCAAAAAUACAAUAAACAAAACUUUUAAGUUUAACAGACAACCUAAACAGAUGCCUCGGGAUAAAAGGUCAAGAUACCAAAAAACAACAAUAAGAUGACUCUGGAGGAGAUUUUGUUUCAAUAAUCAUCUGUUAUAUUUUUCAGCUCCAUCUGGUCCACUGGAACACUAAAUACCCAAGUUUUGGUGACGCUGCCAGCAAGCCUGAUGGUCUGGCUGUUGUCGGAGUUUUCCUGCAGGUCAGUAGCGUUACACGGAGUUUACACAUCUUUAAGUCGUAACACUGUUUUCCUCUGAUCAUGUGAUUUACCUCGAAUAUUUUGUGUGUUAUUCUUUUACAGAUUGGUGCUAAACAUGCCGGCCUCCAGAAGGUUCUUGACGCCUUUGACUCCAUCAAGUGCAAAGUAAGUUUCUGUAAAAACUGUGUUUGUUUUUAGACCCCUUUUAGGAUCAGGAUUGUAUGACUGACACUCUUUCUUGUUUCAGGGAAAGCAGACCACUUUCAAAGGCUUUGAUCCUUCCACCUUGCUCCCUGGCUGCCUUGACUACUGGACCUACGAUGGCUCUCUGACCACGCCCCCUCUGCUGGAGAGCGUCACCUGGAUUGUCUGCAAGGAGCCAAUCAGCGUCAGCUGUGAGCAGGUAUGUCUUCUCGCUGAGCUCAUUCAGCAAAAGCAGAGGGAUUGGCUGCAUGCCACCGGUCUAGAAUAGCCCUGUCUGCAAAUCCCCUCUUAUACUACGAGCGAAAAUCAAGGGCCUAAUUGUUCAGAUUAGCUGCACGGCUGUGAGGAGGAGAAGAAGACGCCUCUGUGUUAGGAGGAAAGGCAGUACAGAGGCCUUUACUUUCAAAAGGUUAAAAAAAGACACAAGAGAAUGAGGGCAAACACGAGUUCACACACACACACACAGACAGACGCUGGUGAGGUUGCCACACGGCGGUAUGUCUGCGUCAGUGUGUGGAAAGUUUACAGGAAAUGUUUGUCCCACAUGAACCACGCUCAGUGGGUGAAGAGAUGUACCUUCACUGUGUGAUUUCAUCCAUAUCAUACCUCCAUUUGUUGAGUAUUUACCUUGAAAAUACAGCCUAACCUCCCACUGUACUGGAUACAUGACCUCCAGCCACCUCUCAAUGUAAACCAACAGCCUCUCCAGGCAGGUUUGUCCUUGUGGUUAGAGUGAGUGGGCCGUGUGAAAAUUAACACAGCAUGGUCAAAUGUUUAUUUCAUGGCUGCGAGUAGGUGUCCCAAGAGUAAACAUGUGAGGAGUGUUGACAUAACCUUUAGACUCGGGGCCGUGUGAGGCUGCUCAGGGAGAUAAUGACGUGGAAGUAGUUGUGGAUUAAAAGGGAAACCAUUAAGUAAUAAGUACCAUAAGUUAAUGAUUGGGUAUCAGCUGACUGUGAGAGCGAAUGAGCGGAGUUAUUUCAUCCCAGUAGUUAAAAGUGAGUGUGUACAUGACACUUAAGGAGCUGAGGCUUCAAGGAUUCAUUCAUUAGCCAGAGUUAAUGACAAAUCUCAUAAAGCCUUCUUACUCCAGCCUGUGAACAAUGACUGACUCUUUUCUUUACAGCUAUUUUAAGGUGGAAAUAAGAGUUUUUUAGUGAACUUUAGAGUUGCUUUAAUGGGAUAUUCCGGCGUAAAAUUAAUUUAGGGUCAAAAUUAUACCAACUUUAGUAACGACCGCAGAUAGCAAUACAGAGAGCCACGCACUCGACCAAAACGCCACUCUAUAGCCACAAAUAAUGCUCAGAACAGCACCUAACUUCAUCAACAGGACAAAUAGGGUCCUAGCCAGAGUACUAGCCACCAAACAUCUUUUUAACUUUGCCGAAUUUCUUUAGCAAAGAGACUAAACACAACUCACCUACUCUCUUCCAGCAGUUACUUGUUUGUAGCGAGACCUCAGGCCAAUCCGUUAUGAAAAUUCAUUAAUAUGAUGAUUAUUACUUCAAGGAAAUGAUAAAGAAAUGAUCAUAAAUGUUCUUCCUUGAGCUGCGUAACCCCGCUGUAGUCCAUAAUGGACUUGCUACAAAUAAGCGGUCGUUACUAAAGUUGGUAAAACUAGAGAAGCAAGUGGUCGGCAAUAUUCAUCUCUUGAGGGGGUGUCUAACUCGGUGUUACGGUGUGUUUGACACUAAAUUAAUUUCACGCCGGAAUAUCCCUUUAAGUUUUCAAACUUUGGUCAGCGCUAACUGCUCACUUACUUUGUUAAACAGUCUUCGUUAAGCGAGCUGACUGCUGGCUCUAGCUUCAUAUCUGAUCAAACUUGACAAAAUGACAAAGUUUGUUUCCUAAAGUGUAAAAAUAUUCCUGACUUCAUUUCUCUGAUAAUCAAACUCGCUGACUCUGCGGCGAGACUUUGAUGCGUUCUGUGAGUGACAGUCACAGGAGGUCGGCAGCAGUGACACCACCGUCUUCUCUCUUUUCACAGAUGGCCAAAUUCCGCAGCCUGCUCUUCUCCGCCGAGGGUGAACCCGAGUGCUGCAUGGUGGACAAUUACCGCCCUCCCCAGCCGCUCAAGGGUCGCCCAGUCCGUGCUUCCUUCCAGUAAUGCCCCCUCCCCCUCUUUUGCCCUUUCUGCCCUUUUGCCCUCUCCCUUCCCCCCAACCUUUAGUCAAACGCCUGGAGUUACCUCUGUAGCAGUGAGCCACAAAGCACACAUAUCUCCCUCCGUCCAAUUUUGAAAAGAAAUUAAAUUCCUGUGGCCCGUUGCUUUUUACGCCGGGCUGUCUAACUGUGAGAUGGAGCUCUUGCAGGCUCUGUGUCUCCGUCGGUUUGUCUGUAAACCGGAAAAACUCGUCAUAAUUUAUUUUAUAAGUCAAACACUUCGCAGUGGCUUCAACACAUCAACUCGCGUUUAUCAUCUGGUGGCAGUUUUUUUUAAGAGUGUGUGCUAAAAUGACACUCAGAAAAUGAAGAUGAAUUAGUCACCAUGGUGCUCUGGAGGCAGCAGGAAGCUAGCCGAGCAGGCGGGGGGGGGGGGGAGGAGGAUGAAACUAUUUCCUCAUUUGUUUCGAGGGUAAGGUGCAGACACGGACGCACAUCGCCAGUCUGUCUCUAAUCUCCGACCGACUGCAUCGUAGCUGCUUAACGAAACGCUGCAGCCGCCGCCAUCACAAACGAUUGACUCAGAAAAUCCCCCUCUGGCACACGCACACACAAACUCACUCACACACAUGCACAGCUUUGUGCAGACAUGAUGCCUAUAGGCAGUGACCUGCUUCCUGAAUCCAGUGUAGACCAGCCAAGGACGUGAGGACAGAGUUUAGCCAGAACUGAACAUCUCCUCCGUUUUUAAUCUUCGGAUCUGUCGUGUUUGUCAUCCCUUGUUGUGUUUUUAUAAUUAUAGUGGAUUAUUUCGUAAGCCUGACUGCUUCUGCGUAGAAAGUCUGAUUCUGUGAUUCCUACAGUGUUUUGUUACAUAAAGAUCGUACAGCAAUAGAGAGGAAGGACCCUCUCCUUCAAAGUGAAUCCAAUGUGUAAAGACUGAACCUGACUGUGUCGAUGCUAAAGCUGAAAGUGCACACUCGCCGUGUCGUGAAUAAAUGCACAAAGCCAAGGCGGAAAUCACCCUGCCAAGAACGCCAAGGAAGGAGCGAACCUGCCAAUAGAUACGAUUACAGUGUCAGCCUGCUGUCAGGCCAUGUACUGAGAAGUAAUUAACUAAAGAUCGCAGAAGACGAGGUCCUGAAGUCCGAGGGUUUGGGCCCCGUUUGCACCUUUAAAUAAAAGAGAUGUUGUUGUUCAUGCAAUGUGUUUCCAGAAAGAUUGUAAUUAACUUAAAAAAAAGCAAAACGCCUUAUGCCAAUCAUUGUUAGGGCCGUCCCAUGAGUUUCUGUUGUUGUCAUUCUAUUUUGGAAGUGGACGUUUUACUAGUGGAAUAAAUAUAUUUUAUGACUAACGAGCC